UUGUUUAAACCUUGUCUGAAUGAGAAAAGAGUAGAUUGUUUCCUUUUAUUUUUCAUCUUCAUCUCCGUUCUUACACAUCUACCUUACCUUAAGGCAAUUUCCUCCCUAUCACUCUCUCCACCGACACCUUUCUUUCAUUCUUUCUUCAUAAAACCACCAUCAGAUCUUUCUCUAAAUCUCCAUUAUUGAACACCCAAAUCUCCAUAUUUCUCAUCUGUUUUCCCUUUUCUAUAACCCCAACAAUGAAAUCAAUAUCAAACCUUUCCUUUUUUGUCUAAAACUAUCCCAAGAUUUGAUUUUUCAUCAUCAAGAUUUGAUUUUUAUUCCAUUCCAGCUUGUGGGUAUUGAAUAGUAAAAGAUGUUAGAUCGAUUUCUGAGUGCUCGUAGAGCAUGGCAAGUUAGGAGAAUUAUGAGGAAUGGGAAACUUACAUUCUUGUGCUUGUUCCUUACCGUUAUUGUCCUUAGAGGGAAUUUGGGUGCUGGAAGAUUUGGUACUCCUGGCCAAGAUUUGAAGGAAAUUCGUGAUACAUUUAGCUAUUACAGGAAGCGCGUAGAGCCCAGACGCGUUCUUGAAGAAGCACAACAGGUAUCUACAAGCACUGUAAGUGAUGGUGCAUCAGAUAGUAAUAAUUAUGCUACUUUUGAUUUAAAGAAGAUUUUAGUUGAUGAGGAUGAUGGUGAGCCUGAGUUUAAGAGAAAUCCAAAUGAACCUUAUGCUCUUGGUCCAAAAAUAACAGAUUGGGAUGAGCAAAGAGGAGAGUGGUUGAAAAAAAAUCCUAAUUUUCCUAAUUUUGUAGGAACAAAUAAGCCAAGGGUGUUGUUGGUUACUGGUUCAUCUCCUAAGCCAUGUGAAAAUCCAGUAGGUGAUCAUUACUUGUUGAAGUCAAUAAAGAAUAAGAUUGACUAUUGUAGGCUUCAUGGUAUUGAGAUUUUUUACAAUAUGGCUUUGCUUGAUGCUGAAAUGGCUGGUUUUUGGGCUAAAUUGCCUUUGCUUAGGAAGCUUUUGCUUUCACAUCCUGAGGUUGAGUUUUUGUGGUGGAUGGAUAGUGAUGCUAUGUUUACUGAUAUGGCUUUUGAGCUGCCAUGGGAGAGGUAUAAAGAUGCUAAUCUUGUGAUGCAUGGAUGGAAUGAGAUGGUUUAUGAUCAGAAGAAUUGGAUUGGAUUGAAUACUGGUAGCUUCUUAUUGAGGAAUACUCAAUGGGCUUUGGAUUUGCUUGAUGUUUUGGCACCCAUGGGACCAAAGGGAAAGAUUAGGGAUGAAGCCGGGGCGCUUCUUACUAGGGAGCUUAAAGAUAGACCAGUUUUUGAAGCUGAUGAUCAGUCUGCAAUGGUAUAUAUAUUGGCAACUCAGAGGGAGAUAUGGGGUGAGAAGGUGUAUCUUGAGAAUGCUUAUUACUUGCACGGUUACUGGGGAAUUCUGGUAGAUAAAUAUGAAGAGAUGAUUGAAAAUUACCACCCUGGUCUUGGUGACCAUAGGUGGCCACUUGUUACUCACUUUGUGGGUUGCAAGCCUUGUGCAAAAUUUGGAGAUUAUUCGGUAGAGAGGUGCUUGAAGCAAAUGGAUCGGGCAUUCAACUUUGGUGACAACCAGAUCCUGCAGAUGUAUGGAUUCACUCAUGAAUCACUUGGUAGUAGGAGAGUGAAGAGAACACGAAACGAAACAAGCAAUCCACUUGAAGUGAAUGAUGAGCUUGGAUUACUUCACCCUCCAUUUAAAGCUGUCAAGGUAUCAUCUUCUUGAAUGCAUAUGAAAGGGAUCAUGCAUUAAGGUCAAGAUUGGGAUGCCCUUUUAACCUUAAAUUUUUGUACCAUUUGAUCACGAUAUGUGCCACGCUGUACUUGUUAUUAUGCCUGUCUUAGAGCACUGGUUAUUGUAUUCCUUCAUUUGUCAUAGUGUUUUGUGACAUAAUCUUUUUAAGUUACAUAUAAAUUUCAAUCGAAGGCAUAGUUAAAUUCA